AUGGAAACAGCUGAGAUCCUCAAGUAUUUCAAAGACGACUUCAUCAUCUUCUGGGCCACAGCCAAUGGAAUCGUUGAGAUACUGCAGGUAUGCCUUGAGUCUUUCCCGGAGCUAAUCUGGACCACUUAUCAGGCUAAAAGUUGGCUGACGAUUGCUGUGGAGUAUCGCCAAGAGGAGGUCUGUCGACUGUUUUUGGCGGCAAACUCGAGUGCUAACCCGUCCAUCAUCCCCACCACACCGGAGAAUGCCGAGUCAAGGGCCCUGUUGAAGGCAGCAGCACGUUAUUCAUCUAAUUUCGGCUAUUUGAGCAAUGUCCCCGGCCCAGCUUUUCGGGUGCAGAGAGAACUCCAAUGGUUCAAGGCUGUGGAAGGGUGGGUCCAUCCUUUUUAUAAGGCAGCGACGGUAUCUUUCCAAGAAGGAGAAACGAAGAAAUAUAAGAAAUAUUGGCAAAUAUUCCUAGAUGAGCACCAGGAGUUGCUUAAGAAUGGAGAAAAAUGGAUGAAGAGCACCUCGAGUUCAUUCUUGCUCAUCUCAACUCUAAUCGUUGUGGCCCUGUUCGUUGCGGCUUUGAUUGUACCCGGAGGCAACAACAACAAUGCCGGGGUCCCUAUAUUGUUAGGAAAGGACUCUCUCGUGAUUUUUACAACUUCCGGCGCACUAGGCUUGUUCUUCUCCGUGGCAUCCAUCAUAUCAUUUUCGGCCAUCCUGACUUCAUCCUGCGAGCCAGACGAUUUUCUCUACUCGUUGCCUAAGAAGAUGAUGAUCGGCACGUCCUCCCUCUUUUUCUCCCUGGCUUUCAUGCUCGCAGCCUUCGCUGCCGCUCUUACGAUUGUGUUGGAUGAGAGAGUCAAGUGGAUUUGGAUUCCAAUGACUGUACUCAGUUGUCUUUUCGUGGCGUUGUUUGCCAUGCUGCAGCUUCCGUUGCUUUUUCAAAUGGUUAAAUCUACCUUUGGACCGAGCAUCUUCCAGCCGAGAAAGAUUUCGAAACGACCUACGAAUGGCCGGAUGAGGACAUAUGAUAAGCAAACUUCCUAAAUAAUUUGUUGGUUACUUAUCAAUGCUCUAAUGAAAUUACACACUCUUUUUUGUAGUUUGCA